GCCACCAUCCUCCUCCUCCCUCUGACUGACUCCACGCGAGUCAGCAGCUCCACACUCGAAGCGCAGCAGCCGCCGUGCCGCGCUGUGCCUUGUCGUGCCGCGCUGUGCUGCGUGAAACCGUCAACCCAUCCAGGAUCCAGCCAACCAAACCAAGAAACCAAUCCCUUCUCCCGAGUUCCGGAGCCGCCGCCCUCAUCCUCGCCGAGUCCAACUCCCCCGUUCCAAAAGAGGAAGCUAUCGCAAUCCAUCCUGCUCUCCCGGACUCUCCUAGUCCUCCCUUCCCACGCACAUGGAGCGGCUCAUCUCCACGCCCGCCACCUCCCCCUCCGCUUCCCCCCAUCCUCGGAUCCGCCUGCCUGGCGGAUCCCCUUUCCUGCCCUCCCGGCGCCUCCCCGCCGCGGGUGGUAGCGUCGCGCCAUGGCUACGGCUGCGCUGGCGGUCGCCGCGUCCCGGUGCGAUCGCCGUUGCUUCGUCGCUGCGCCAUGAGGUUCUUUCGGCCGCGCCAGAUGAGGCGGCGGCGGCGGCGGCGGCCGUUUGCCCCCCGUGGAAGCUCCUCGGUGGUUUGGUCCCAAAGGCUUCCACUGCUGCCCUUUUCAUAUUGAUGACGCUUAUUUCUAGCACCCUGCACUCCAGCAUCCCUCAUCCUGCCUAUGCAUCGGUGCAACCAGUAGCCAGAACCGGUGGAAGGCUCCUCACGACAGAGUUACUAAGCAGUGGUUGGGCUGGUUUCUUUGCUGGGUGCCUACAUACCUUGUCGGGGCCGGACCAUCUUGUUGCCUUGGCGCCACUGUCAAUUGGUAGAUCAAGACUUGAAAGUGGACUGGUUGGCGCCCUUUGGGGCUGUGGUCAUGACGCCGGACAAGUUAUUUUUGGCCUGCUCUUCUUGUUACUCAAGGAUCGAUUGCACAUCGAGGUUUUCCGUGCAUGGGGAACAAGAGUUGUAGGCCUGACCCUUCUCAUCAUUGGAGGCAUGGGCAUCCGGGAGGCUUCAGAGGUUCAAGAAUCAUCGCUUGUUUUGGAGGGCGUCGAUGGCAGCAUGACAGGCGGUGAGCCUUUGCAGGCACCUUCUACCCCUAGAAAGAAGAAAGUUGGUUUUGCAACAUUUGCAACCGGAAUCGUCCAUGGUCUCCAACCAGAUGCGCUACUGAUGGUCUUGCCUGCGUUGGCUCUUCCGUCGCGCUUAGCUGGCGCAGCAUUUCUCGGCAUGUUCUUGGUUGGGACUGUAUUUUCAAUGGGGAGUUACACCGCUUUUGUAGGUUCUUGUAGCGAGGCGCUAAAAGAGAAGGUUCCUAGGAUAACAGAGAAACUGACCUGGGCUGCUUCACUUGUAGCUAUAGGCAUGGGACUAGCUCUUCUGGUCGGGCAGUUCUUUGGAUUCAGCCUAUACUGAUUGUAUUAAUUCACGAGAUUACUUUGCAACAUUGUUUUCGAUGAGAGUAUUGUUGGCAGUUAGUUUGCAAGUAGAUGGUUAUUGUUUGUGAAGCUACGAAAUGUAUACUGCUGCAACUCGACCUGGCACUUACUUUACACAGGGUUUCUGCUAUGUAUCAUCUGCUGAUUAAUGUAUAUGUUGAUAAUAAGAUA